ACCAUGCCGGGCCUGUACGCCCUCUCCUCCUGGGAGGCUCUGCCCCUGAAGAGCUCCAGGGUGAAGGCUUGUGCCAACGGGUACUCCCUGAGCAUCACCGCUCACCUCGUGUACACCAACCCCCAUGAGGAGCCUGUGGAAGGUGUCUUUAUCUACCCGCUGGAGGAGUCGGAGGUGGUGGCUGGCUUCGAGGCGGUGGUGGGCAGCCGGCGGGUGACAUUCCAGGUCCAGAACCGGCACCGAGCGCAGGACUGCUGCCUCCAGUGUGGCCCCAGCCCCGGCCGGCUGCGCCGCUGUGCCGGCGGCCACCUCGUCCUGGACGAAGACACAGAGCGCUCCACCUUCGUCAUCGUCACGGGCACGCUGUGCCCGGCGGAGAGCCUGGCCGUCACCCUGAGCACGGCGCAGGAGCUGGCCACGCUGCCGGACGGGGCCCUGCGCCUCCUCCUCCCCCCCAUCCUCACGCCCCACGUCCCCGCCGUCCCCGAGAGCGAGCCGGCAAGCUUGUGUGACGACAGGUUGGCCCUAUGCCCCACCAGCUGUUUCGGGGGGCCUGGUGCCCGGAGCCAGCCAUCCCCCACAGCGCCUGCGGAGAGCGUGGAUGUCUUUCGGGGACGACCCUGCAACCCCUUUCCUUACGAGUUUGCCUUUGAGCUGCUGGUGAAGGGCCCCUGCUUGCUGGCAGGGCUGGAGAGCCCGUCCCACACCCUGCGAGCUGAUGCCUACCCCUGGGCCAGCUCUGCCGCCACCACCUGCGUCACGCUGGCUGAGCCCCAUCGCUACGACAGGGACCUGGAGAUCAUCCUCUACCCCUGCGAACCCCACCACCCCCACCUGGUGAUGGAGGACGGCACCAUGACGUACCCCGAGUACGAGGCCCACGUCCGGAGCCGCCGGGAUUACGUGCGGAUUGCCAGGAAGGAUGGCAGUGGCGAGAGACAGGUGGUUUUCGUGCAGAAGCGUUUCCACAAGGACAUCUUCCCCAACCCUGUGCUGAUGCUGAACUUCUGCCCGGUGGCGGAGGGUGUCCCUGGGGACCUGCAGAGCGUCACCCGUGAGGUCCUCUUCCUCGUCGACUGCAGCGGCACCAUGAGCGGCCCCGACCUCAACAAGGUCAAGGAGGCUUUGCUGGUGGCCCUGAAGAGCCUCCCGUCGGGGACGCUGCUCAACAUUGCCAGCUUCGGCGCCGAAGUCAAGCCACUCUUCCCGUCCAGCCGCCUCUGCAGCAACGAGACGCUGCGGCGCGCCUACGAGCAUCUCGGUGGGCUGCGGGCAGACAUGGGCAGCACCAACCUGCUGGCAGCCCUGGGCUGGGCGCUGGCACAGCCCCUCCACCACGGCUACCCCCGCCAGCUCUUCCUCUUCACCAACGCAGCGGUGGGCAACAUAGGUAGGAUCCUCCGGCUGGUGCGCAGGCAGGCCAGCACCGUCAGGUGCUUCAGCUUCGGCAUGGGCCCACGGGCGUGCCGGCAGCUGCUGAAGGGCAUGGCCAAGGUGAGCCGGGGCUGUGCUGAGUUCCUGAGCCCGGCCGAGAGGCUGCAGCCCAAGCUGAUCAAGUCCCUGAAGAAGGCAAUCGAGCCAGCCGUCAGCGACAUCACCAUCGACUGGUAUGUCCCCGACAGCAUGGAGGCUCUGCUCUCGCCCACCGAGCUCCCGGCCCUCUACCCCGGUGACUGCCUCGUCAGCUACUGCGUCCUCUACAGCAUCGCCCGCUUCCGCAACAGGCGCCCGCCAGACCGGGAAAGGGCUCGCCGGGGCUCAGCCUUCCCCUCCCAGGAGGAGGUGCCCAGUCCUGGAGAGAGCCGCCAGCCGCCCCAGAGCACCCCGGGAUCCGGGGACGCCUCCCUGGAGCUCUCCGCUGGGGGCACAGAGGUGUCAGAGCAGAGUGCGGAUCCCAUUUCGGGGGGAGACAUCUGGAAGCGGAUUUACCAGCCCUCCUACAUCCAGGAGCAGUACGUCCUGACGCACUGCUCUGUCAGCACCGACCGCAGCCGGGGGCUGCUCUCCCGCAGCUCCACCAGCAGCGAGUCCACUGGCUCCCGCGACGUGGCCCCCGAGGGCGGCUCCUCGGCCCCCGGUGCCGAUGCCGCCUCCCAGCAGGGCCAGAAGAGCCUGUCCCUCUGUGAGUCCUCCACCAAAUCCGCCCCGCUGCCCUCUGCCCCGGCUGGCACCAAGGUGACGGUGGCCCUGAGCACGGAGGAGCUGGUGCGGCAGAAGAAGGCGCUGGCACGCGCCGCCCUGGCCAGCCGCAGCUUUUCCUCGCCGCAUGGGGAGCUGGACGCCCACCGGCUGUGCCAGGCACUGGAGAAGGUGUCACAGAAGAGGAACCAGUCCCUGGAGGGGCGGCUGGACAAGCUGGGACCCCAGUCACGGUGCCUGCAGCCCAGCACAGUGGAGUCAAAUAACCUCCUCUCGCCCACGCACCUGGACUGGGACAUGCUGGUGGAGCCCUCCUACCUCUUCAGCGCCUCGCCGGUGCCCGAGCCGGGGAAGCCCAGCCUGGGCGAUGCUGGCCUGCCCCUGCGCUGCCAGGAGGUGAUCCACGCGCUGCGGGCUGGCAAGCCGGUGUCCUGGGAAGUGACGGCCUCGCUGGAGUCGCUGCUGCAGCCCCGGGAGGGGCCGGGCAGGGAGGACCCCCCGCGGCGGGCGGGCCACGCCUGGGACAAGCCGCUGCACCACUUGGCAGCACGCUCCGUCAUCCGGGACAACGAGAACGCAGCGCAGCGGGAAGCCGAGCUGGAGCAGGGUGGGUGCCGGUGCGUGUCCCCCCCACCCCAGCACAGCCCCGGCAUCCUGAAAGCCGCACAAACCAGCAAAGCCUGCAACGUGCCUUCUCUCUACACCCGCCUGGUGCCUGUGGACGGUGCCACACAGGCAGCCCUGCCCAUAGUCCCCGAGGUGUGGGGCACAGGUAUGGCUGGGGGGCCCGGCCAGUGGGAUGCGGAGGAGCAGGAUGAGGCCCCCAUCGCUGCAGAGCGAGAUGAGACCCCCGGGUCUCCAGCCAGCGUCUCCUCCCCUACCUAUGGCUGGGAAAAGCAGAACUGCUCGAACGGGCCUCCAACCAGCCCUUCCACCACCUCCAUGGGCUCCCAGAAAUCCACGGAGAGCAUCGCUGGCUCCAGGUUUAGCCUGAGUAGGCGCAGGGGGCCCAGCCUGGUGCUGCGCCCGCAGUGCCUCAGCCCGGAAAGCGAGCGCUCCAGCAACCAUGCCAGCCAUGACUACCUCCCGCUGGUGCAGCUGCAGCAAGCUCGGGGGCCGUUCCAGCUCACAGAGAGUUUCUCCGAAGUGGUACAGAUCCCCCUGGACCGCCUGCGCCGGGCCUCCCCCUACGCCUCCCACCGAGCCAGCCUCAGCCCUGCGUCCCCGGGGGCCAGGAGCAGCCCCGAGGCAGGGCCCGGCGGCGAGGAGGGUGAGGAGCCCGCCGCAGCCCCCCAGCCCGGCUCGCCCCCCCCCCCGAGCCCUUGCUCUGGGGUGCCCAGUGCAGCGGUGUGGGCGCAGGCGGACAGCGGGCACGGCUCAGAGUCCGACACCGGCCCCCACUCAGCCGCCCCCUCCGAGGCCGGCGUGAGCUGGCAGGACACGGGGUCAGAGGACCUGGAGAAUGCCAGCUGGGCCACGGCGGUGGCCUUGGCGUGGCUGGAGCAUCGCUGCGCCGGCUUCUUCGAGGAGUGGGAGCUGGUGGCGGCCAAGGCGGACGCGUGGCUGCAGGCGCAGCGGCUGCCCGAGGGGGUGGACGUGGGCUGCCUCAAAGGGGCAGCCAGGCACUUGUUCCUGCUGCUGCGUCACUGGGACGAGAACAUCAAGCUGAAUAUGCUGUGCUACAACCCCAACAACGUCUGA